AUGUCGAGGUUGGGGACGGGGGAUUGGGAGAAUGGUAGACCAUUUGGUGGAGUAUAUGCUCAGCCUUGGUACCUCUUGCAAAAUUCGGAAUUGUCAUGUCAGAGUAAAUGGGGAAAGAUAAUUGGUGAUGCUAUUGAAGGAUGGAAGGAAGAUCGUGGUAAUGAGGCUGAUACUGCACAAAUACACCAUAUGUGA